CCUUAUACCUCGAUUGACUCUGAAAAAGGAGACAUUCGUCUCCUCGAACUCCAGCCCGGACGCUUCCAAGACGUUCUCGACAUCAGACUUGUCGCCAGCAAUCUCUUGCACGGCGCUGAGCAAGCUUACGAAGCACUAUCUUACGUAUGGGGCACAUCAAUAUGUCCGCAGAAGGCUAUUCUAAAUGGCAUACCGGUCACAAUUACCGAAAAUCUCGACUGCGCUCUCCGUCAUCUGCGCUUGAAGCUUACAACUCGCACCUUGUGGAUCGACGCGCUCUCUAUGAACCAGGCCGAUAUUCAGGAACGGAACCAUCAGGUCCAGAUCAUGGGCAAAAUCUACUCGACCGCUGUUGGAGUCAUCGUCUGGCUCGGUCCAGUAAAUGAGAAGGAUCUGCACUUGAAAGCAGCGAGCAUCGAGACACCAAGAAGUGUACCCUCUGAGGCAAUACACCGGCUCAUCGCUCGUCCUUGGUUUUGUCGGGCUUGGGUUGUCCAGGAACUCGCCUUAUCAAAG